CAUGGCUACAGCCAGUAGCAUCGCUGCAUCGCUGGCAAGUAAAACGAAAACGAAGAAAAAACAUUUCGUGGCUCAGAAAGUCAAGCUGUUUCGAGCCAGCGACCCUCUGCUUAGUGUGCUCAUGUGGGGAGUCAACCACUCGAUAAAUGAGUUGAGUCACGUUCAAAUCCCCAUCAUGCUGAUGCCUGAUGACUUCAAGGCCUAUUCGAAGAUCAAGGUGGACAACCACUUGUUUAACAAGGAGAAUAUGCCAAGCCACUUUAAAUUCAAGGAAUAUUGCCCUCUUGUUUUCCGUAAUUUGAGAGAAAGGUUUGGCAUUGAUGACCAGGACUUCCAGAACUCUCUGACCCGGAGCGCACCCCUUGUUAGUGAGGCUCAGGGCCGUAGCGGUGCCCGCUUUCACACGUCCUAUGACAAGAGAUACGUCAUCAAGACCAUCAGCAGUGAGGACGUAGCCGAAAUGCACAACAUCCUUAAAAAGUAUCACCAGUUUAUUGUGGAAUGUCACGGUACCACCCUGCUGCCACAGUUUCUUGGCAUGUACCGCAUUACCGUAGAUGGAGAUGAAACCUAUAUGAUUGUCACACGCAACGUCUUCAGCCAUCGCCUGUCUGUCUAUAAGAAAUAUGACUUGAAGGGAUCUACUGUUGCUAGGGAGGCAAGUGACAAGGAGAAGGCGAAGGAGCUGCCUACCUACAAGGAUAACGACUUCAUCAACGAUGGACAGAAAAUAUACAUUGAUGAGGAAAAUAAAAAGAUAUUUCUUGAGAAGCUGAGGAAGGAUGUCGAGUUCCUGGCACUGCUGAAGCUGAUGGAUUACAGCCUUUUGGUGGGGAUCCAUGAUGUGGAGCGAGCGGAACAAGAGGAAGUGGAAAGUGAGGACAAUGAAGGAGAUGAUGAAGGAGAGAGUGAUGGAGGGAUUGUUGGAACACCUCCAGACAGCCCAAGCAACACUCUGGACAGCACGAAACCCCUUUCACCAGGAGACUUUGACCCUACUAUUGAUGUCUACGCAAUAAAAAGCCACGACAACUCUCCUCGGAAAGAAGUCUACUUCAUGGCUGUAAUCGACAUAUUGCAACAUUAUGAUGCCAAGAAGAAAGCAGCUCAUGCAGCCAAAACAGUCAAGCAUGGAGCUGGAGCAGAGAUCUCUACUGUCAACCCGGAGCAGUACUCUAAGAGAUUCUACGAUUUCAUUACCACCAUUCUGCCCUAAACUGGAGCAAAACCCACAGGGGUCAAAGAGGGACGCUGAUGGAGGAGUGCCCAACGUACUCACCUACCCUUACAGCAGCUACAACCACCAUUCGUUUACAUUUUUUAUUUGUUUUUUUGCUGUUUUGUGGGACCAUAAGUGUGAUGAAACAGUAACAAGUAUAAAUCUUUGUGGGAGCUAUGGAAUUAUUAUUAUUAUUUUUUUUUUUUUCCUUUCCUGAUGCAUGUCCCUCAUGGCAUUUUUAAUUCAUAUGCGUUAUUUUGCCUUCAUUUUAAGUGAAAAGGGGGAGACAAAGAGGGAGAGAGCGCAAAUGUGAUGGUGUAUGUGGCUCAGUGAAUGGACAUAUACAUGUAGAAUGAAGUCAUUCAGAAUGGAGGCUGAGAAGGAAAGGAGCUUUCAACUGCUGUAGAAUUCACAAAAAAAAAAAAAAAAAGGAAAUGUGAAGCUAUCCCAUGCAAAAUUCACCCCCAGUUCAUCAGAUAUGCUUUUACAUGCUUUUUACACGCUUGACCAGAAACCACAUUGCAUCAGUUUGCCCCUUGCUCUUCUUCCCCGGUUAAACCUUACCUCUUUUUCCACCUUUCUGUUUCUGUCCUACUCAUAUACUUUCUUUAACCCGAAUCUUCCCUGUUCCCGUCUACUGUUUGUGUAGUUUUCUAGUUAAAAGCUGCAGCACUUGGAGAUGAACAUACUUUCCUCAUAUUAACACGUUUCUUCAUGUUAAUUCUCUGAAAUCAUGGCUCUCCUCCUCUGAACAGACUGACUGCAAAGAAAACGCUCCUGAGCUCCAUUCACAUUCACGAAGGAAUGCACCUUCUGACGCUUGCAUGUUCCUACAGUGUUUCACACGAGUGUGUGUUGGUGUUUUAUUUUCUUUUUUUUUAAUUAUUUUUGUGUGUGCGUGUUGUUUAUAUGGCCUGUAAUAGAGUUGAGAUGAUUUGUCUAUAAUUUUGCAUCAUGAAAAGGCAUCCUAAUGAACUGAACAGAAGCAACAGCAUUGGUGGCAAUCACUUCAGUCUGUAAAAUCUGUUACGGGAAUGAUCUUUCAUUUGCCAUCAGCACCUUAAACUGUUGCACUUUUUUUUUUUUUUGGUUGAAACUAGGAUCUUUUGGUCUGUUACAUACUGCAACAAUAGCACUAUGAGGCACUAUUGAAUGCAGCCCGUGGAUUUAUGUCGUCACAAGUAUGCUUGUUCUAGGCAGAAAACCCAUAGUUUACCUCUUGCGUCAUUUUAACAAAUACACACUCAUUGCUGUAAUGUUAGCUACAGUGUUCAUUGGGGGAGUUUGAAAGAAGGAGGGUGGGGGUCCUGUGUGUAGGCUAGUGUGAAAUUUCUUUUGCCAGUUUUGUAAACUUUGUUUUACACUGGCAGUCAAGUCAACAGUGUAUUGUAUAUUUUGCACAGAAAUGAACUAGAAAUUGAAUCCCUUUUGGCUUGGUAGAGUGGUAUUUUGGGGGGGGGAUGCCACGCCUGUAUAAAAUGGUCUCAUAACUGAUUCGCAGUCGAAUUCGAGUCGACUCUUAAGAAAAGGUUAUGAAUUGUGAUUUUUUUUUUUUUACUCCAUUCAUUACAAAGCCCUGCGAAAUUGCUCAUUUUCAACGAAUUUUGCAUGAAAUUGGUAUUAUCGCUAUCGAUAUGUUGAAACACCUACAAAACUUCUGACUCUUUAGAAUCAGCAUUUUCCUAUCUGUUGGUUCAGUGUAAUUAGUUUGAAUUAAAUGCACAGGUUUUUUAAAUUUUUUUUUUUUAUUAUUAUUAUUUGCAUUUUUAAUUUGUACACGGAAAUUGUCCGCAUUUUUAAAACAGCACAUCCCUAUCGAGUGAAGUGUUCUGAUAAAUGAAGAAUGUUACUGUUUUGAUUUGUGCAGUACUGUAAAGUUUUGUUUUUUGUUUUUUGUUUUUUUAAAUAAUGCAUGUCGCAUUUGUUGUUGUUUUUUUCCCCACCCCCUGUUCAGCCGUGUGUAAACGCCAUCCCUCUUCUAAAAGAAGAAAAAACAAACAAGCAAACAAACAACAACAACAACAAAAAAAAAGAUUUCUGAUGGUCUUCUACCUGCUUUAUACUGUGUCAGCAAUGUAUACACUGUGCAAGAGUCGUGCCUUUUUACUCCAAAUUACUUAAUUUUGUAUUAUUAAUCUUUUUUUCUUCUUCUUUUUUUUUUUUUUUCAAAAGUGAAAAAAAUAUUUUCUAAUAUCUGUGUGGUUGACAAAAAAAAAAAAAUCCCCAGGCUUUUAUUUUAUUUUAUUUUAUUUUAUUUUAUUUUAUUUGUUGUUACCUGUUUGGCUGUGUAUGGGAAUAACAUUUAAACCAUUAACACCUUUGAGUUCCAGCAGUGAAAAAUAGCCCUGUGAAAGCUAUGUGGGACUUCUGUCAUAAUGUUUAUUAUUAUUAUUAAUUUUUUUUUUUUUUUUAUCAAUUUAACCUCAGUAUUAUCAUUAAUCCGAACUUUUUUUGCUUUUUUUAUGUUUUCUUUUUUAUUAUUAUUAUUUGUUUUGACCAAUUUGCGCAGUGGUUCUAUUAUAUAUAUUUUUUCUUUUAAGUGUUCAUUUUUGGGAACAGGAGAAAGAGAGGGGGGGGGAAUUAUGACUCUCCUUUCAGCCGUCGUGGUCUUCGCAUUUGCAAAGAAGAAGAAGAAGAAGAAAAAUACAUUUGCUUGAAUACUUGUGGUUUUGACACGCUGCAGCGCUCACCGGAAACCCGCUUCAUCUCUCGCGCCUUUGGCCUUCAGAUUUGCCAAAAAAAAAAAAAAAAAAAUCAGCACUCAGACUCUCCGCACAGGUUCUUGGUGUCAUGUAGAAAACUUCUUCCCAGAAGAUUAUGGAAGUUGUAUUGUGCUAUUAUCAGUUAAUGUCUCUCUUUUUUUUAGGCUGUAUUAAACGCGACGAAACGUGUCCUCUUUAACUCCGCAACUAGUUAAUGGGAAGAGAGAGAGAGAGAGAGAGAGAGAGAGAGAGCCCCCUCCGUAAGCCUGGAAGAUGUAAAUGGUUGAUGAUAAAUGUUUGAAAAGGGUUUUUAACAGAAUUGGAUGGGGGGGGGUAUUCAGAGUUUAUGAUAUUAACCGAUAUAAUACACUCCAUUUCAGAAGCAUCGCUCAAAACCAAUAAAGCACUUUGCAAAUCCUUGUGCGGUUUUCUUUUAAUGCGGAGUUCCUUACAUUUUAUACAACUGAGAGUUACGAACCUGCUUGGUGGACUUGGGAUUCGAACCAUCAACCUUCUGAUUAGUAGUCCAACGCCUUAACCACUAAACUAUAUAAGAUCGAUUAGUCUCUGUUAAAAAAAAUGUCCGCUGCAAUUUGUGCGACAUUUUUUUUUAAAUCAGAGAUAAGAGUGCCAAAGUAUAAUUUUCCCCCCUUGGGUGGUACUAUCAAGGGGUACAUUUUUGUAUCUUUAGUAGGCCUAUGUAGCCAUUAUAUAGAAAGAAACAUGUGAUGGAGAGAAUUAAAGAUGUGCUUUUAAUGGUUCCAUCGGAGUGAUAAAGAAGAGUAUCUUGAUAUCCAUACAUAGAGAAUCUAAGAUAAGACUGGAGUGACAACACAGAUGCAUCCCUUUAUGAGCAGGACCGUGCAAUGAAAUGAAAAAAAAAAAGCAUUUACAUGCUUUUUUAUUAUACUGAUUAUUUUACGUUUAAUAUCAGGCUGUAGAAGGCCUUGUGAUUUGCUGUAGCUGUCAUUAUCAGUUCAAUGGUUUGGGAUUAUUCUCGUGAGUAAAUAAAUCUGUUUCUCCUGAGGAAAUGAUGAUGCAGAUAUCAGGAGGAUGCUUGAAAUCUGCCUAUAAAUUGAACCAUCGACUGCUCUUAUAUCCAGGUGUCUUGAAAUUGUGUACAUUUUUAGACAAACAAGUCCUCAUUUCCACGGGAAACUAACUAAAUAAACAAACAAACAAAUAAAUAAAUUAGCUCGCGCGCUGACAGACCGGCGUUUUGCACGUAUUUUCUCCCUUACAUUAUAAAUUCACUGAUGGUUUACUACAUAAAUAAUACCGUUUUAUCUUCCUUAAAAUAUGGCA